AACUUGUCAUGACUUCAAUGAGAAAUAAAAUUCCUAAUUCUACCAUGAAUGAACUUGCCAUUACCUCUAUAUACUAUAAUUAAGGGAAGAAAAAAUUCAGCAUAAACCCUAAAUUUUCGCUUCACUUUGUUCUAAAAUUUCACUAUAUUUCGUUUCAAUUUAUAGUCAAGAAAAAGAAAAUUAAUGGAUUCCUGGAAGAAAGCUCACAAUCUUGGUGCAGGUACGUAUGGAACAGUAUAUUUGGCGGAAAAGUUCAAUCCUCAUCUUUCUAUUGCCACCGCCGCCGUUAAGUCCGCAGCUAUUUCGCAUUCGACUUCGCUGAAGAUUGAAGGAGAUAUUUUGUUCGAACUGAGAGGCUGCCGAGAAAUUGUCCAGUGUUUUGGAGAGGAUAUAAGCUAUGAAAACAAUAGAAAGGUCUACAAUCUUCUCCUUGAAUACGCAUCUGGUGGAUCCCUCGCCGAUUUGAUCAAGAAAUCAGCCGGCAAUAUGCCAGAAUCUCUCGUUGCGUGUUACAGUUAUAUGCUGCUUAAGGGUCUCUCUCACGUUCAUGAGAAAGGGUACGUUCAUUGCGACAUAAAACCCAGCAAUAUUCUUGUCUUUCCCAGCACAGAUGGUAGUAAUGUACACAAUCUCAAGAUAGCAGAUUUUGGACUGGCCACGAAAAUUGGAAACGACAAAAUCUUGCCUUCUGAGCGAUCGAUUAACAUCAGAGGCACACUGCGCUAUUCGUCCCCAGAAUCGAUAGUUAAGGGGAAGAACAAGCCAGUUAGUGAUAUAUGGUCUCUUGGUUGCACUAUCGUGGAGAUGAUCACAGGGAAACUCAUCUGGUCGACUGCUGGAAGUAAAGAAGAGAUUAUUCAGGAGAUUGCAUUUGGUAAUCCAAUACCUGAAAAUAUUUCAGAUAUUGCAAAAGAUUUCUUGAAUAAAUGCUUCGAAAAGUAUCAUGGAGACAGAUGGACAGCCGACAUGCUAUUGGAUCAUCCAUUUAUUGUCAAGAAUUUAAAAGCAUUGCCUCCAAAUUUUAACGAUCGAGUGCUGCUCUCUCGGACUAAUCCCUUUUCGACUGGUAUAUGGGCUUCUGAAUUGAACCUAUUUACCACUCGACCGGAGCAGGAAAAACCUACUGCUUCAUGUAAUAUUGUAUCUCGUCUGUUAUGUGCACCCCGCAAGAACGAGAAUGUUCGUGGUCAGAUUCUACUGCCUUAUCAGCAAUGUGCACCCAUCAAGAAUCAGAAUGUUGGUGCUCAGAUUCUACCACCUUAUCAGCAAUGUACACCUAUCAAGAAUCAGAAUGUUCGUGGUCCGCUAUGUGCACCAGGCAAGAAUCAGAAUGUUCGUGGUCCGAUUCUACUACCUCACCGGCUAUGUGCACCCGGCAAGAAUCAGAAUGUUCGUGGUCCGAAUGUUCAUGGUCCGAUUCUACUACCUCACCAGCUGUGUGCACCCAGCAAGAAUCAGAAUGUUCGUGGUCCGAUUCUACUACCUUACCAGCUAUGUGCACCCACCAAGAAUCAGAAUGCUCGUGAUCAGCUUCUACUACCUCACCAGCUGUGUGCACCCAGCAAGAAUCAGAAUGUUCGUGGUCCGAUUCUACUACCUUACCAGCUAUGUGCACCCACCAAGAAUCAGAAUGCUCGUGAUCAGCUUCUACUACCUCACCAGCUAUGUCAACCACACAAGAAGGUUCAAAAUGCAAUAUGAAGUUCGUUAUGUUGCUAUUGUUUUGCUGUGCAGAACUUGGUGUCUUUUGGAAGCCAUGAUACUAGUUCAGUUAUAUGUCGUAGUUUUGUAUAAUAUAGGUUAUUUCUAGUUCAUCGAGACAACGAGUUUGUUUUUCUUUUUGUUGAUAUGUAAAUUUACAACUUCAUGUAUGAAUAAACUUACAAUGACUUU